UGCCCUUUAGUCCCGGGCACGGUGUUGCGGCCGGCGCCAUUUUCUGAGCCGCCUGUCCCGGGUGCCGCCAUGUUGGUGAGGAGAAAUCACCGUUACGGCCACUGUCCAAAUCCCCGCGUCGCUGCACGCCACCCGCCGGCUCCCACGCCUCAGCCUCCGGCGGCGAAUACAGACUAGAGCGGCAGCGCCGGCAGCGCGGGGCCGUUGCCCAGUCUUUGCAGUUAGAGCCCCAUCUCUCUGGCGUGGUUGUUAAUAGACUGGAAAGUCUGUGUCUGUGUCGCUCACUAGUAACCGUGAGUUUUUACCACUUCGUCACCUGUCGGCGGCGGCCGGGAACAGGUGCCCGCAGGCGGCGCAGGGGUCCUCCCCGCGCCCCGCCGCCGCCGGCCUCCAGACCUGCCCUCCAGCCCCGCCCCGUUCUUGACCAAACAUGACAGACUCUGAACAUGCAGGGCACGACAGAGAAGAUGGUGAAUUAGAGGAUGGUGAGAUAGAUGAUGCAGGAUUUGAAGAAACACAAGAUCAGGAAGCAAAAGAGAAUGAAAAGCAGAAAGAUGAGAAAGCCUACAGAAAAUCAAGAAAAAAACACAAGAAAGAAAGAGAAAAGAAAAAAUCCAAAAGGAGAAAACACGAGAAACAUAAGCGUAACUCUCCAUCUGGUGAUGACAGUUCUGACUACAGCCUGGAUUCAGAUGUUGAACAUAUGGAAAGUUCCUAUAAGAGAAGAACGAGCUUCUACAGGGAUUAUGACAUUCCAUUUUCUCAGCAUGGACAUAUAUCAGGAAGUUACAUGACAUCAAAGAAGAGUCAACAUAACAAAAAAUACAACAGUAAAGAAUAUGCUGAGUCUAGUUUCUACAGUGAUGAUAACUUUGGUAACUACAGUGAUGACAACUUUGGUAAUUAUAACCACGAGGAAGAAGAUGACUUUUCCAGUCAGCUGAAAUAUUAUAGACAAUCUCAGGAAUCCUCAGGGAAAAAACAGAGAACUAAAGGAAGCCCGCCAGGUUCUGAAUACCGGAUUAAAAAUUUUAAUACUAGUCAUGGACGUGUUUUGCCGAAGAAAAUCAAAAGAAAAGAACACCGUGGGGCAAGAGUCACUAAAGGGCCUAGUGUCUUUUCAGGAAUGGAUGACUUUCAAGAGUACAGUAAACCAGGGAAAAAGUGGAAAGUUAUGACUCAGGAGUUUAUUAACCAGCACACAGUGGAGCACAAAGGAAAACAGAUCUGUAAAUACUUCCUGGAAGGGAGGUGUAUUAAGGGAGAUCACUGUAAAUUUGAUCAUGAUGCAGAAUUGGAGAAGAAAAAGGAGAUCUGCAAAUACUAUUUACAGGGAUAUUGUACCAAAGGAGAGAAUUGCAUUUAUAUGCAUGGUGAAUUUCCUUGCAAGUUCUAUCAUAGUGGAGCAAAGUGCUACCAAGGAGACAACUGUAAGUUUUCCCAUGAUGAUCUGACCAAAGAGACAAAGAAACUUCUGGACAAAGUGUUGAAUGCUGAUGAAGAACUUAUAAAUGAAGACAAAAGAGAAUUAGAAGAACUUAGGAAGCGUGGCAUCACUCCUCUCCCCAAACCGCCCCCAGGAGUCGGCCUUCUGCCAACCCCAUCGGAGCACUUCCCCUUUUCUGACCCUGAAGACGAUUUUGAGACAGAUCUUCCUGAUGAUUUGAGGAAAAUUCCAUCUCUUUUUGAAAUAGUUGUAAAACCUACUGUGGAUUUAGCACAUAAAAUUGGGAAAAAACCACCAGCAUUUUACAACAGUGCCUCACCACCAGGACCACAGUUUCAGGAAGGCAGUCCCUGUCCACAGCAUAUGUAUAGUUCUGAGUCAAGUCCAGGCCCAGGACCUAAUGUGCCUCAAGGAUGCGAUAGUCCUGUGAGGCACCCAGGCUCCCCUGGCCAUCACCCAUGUGUGGGACCUCCUGGUCCACCAAUGCAAGAGAGCCCACCUUUGCCACAUGGUCCGUCUGAAAGUAUAGGCCCUCAUAGUCAAGCUGGAGGGCUUAUUCAGCUGGACACACUACCAGCUGUGGGUGGAGCUUAUCAUUCCCCAAGCUUUCCAGGACAUGUGAUGAAAGUCCCUAGAGAGAAUCACUGCUCUCCAGCUUCACUGUACCAGCAAAUGCCUGGAGAGAUGCAGCUUAACACCGACUCUGAGUCCAUGCAAGUCCCAGCUGAGUUUUACGAUGAUUACUACUCACAGCAGGCUGCACAGAAUUUUCAACCCCCUGAUAACUGUGCUGAUGAGAUGUGGCAUGAAGAGUUUGCGCAACAGCAGCAGCAGCCUCCCACGGCUCAUGACUCACCUAAGGCUGGGACUGGGCCUGACCCCAGCAGCAGUGUGCCUGGUCACUGCCCUCUGCCUGCUUCGGGGCUCCCUCCUGCAGUGCAGAGAGCUCUUUUCAUCCGACUGACUCAGAGAUACCAAGAAGAUGAAGAACCAGCUGGCAGCCAGCCUCAGAGAGCAUCAAGCAAGGAAGAAGAUGAUCCAGUUAACUGGUACUCCAGUAGUGAAGAGGAAGAAGGAAGUGGUGUCAGGUCAAUACUGAGAACAUUACAGAAACAAACAGGACCUCUAAGAAGUCAGCAACACCCUCCCACAGAGCUUGGCAUUCCUACUGAUCCAAGACUUGCCAGAGAGAAGAGGAAAGGAAGUCAAGUGGUUGAUCCAAGGCUUCGGACUGUCCCAAGGCAAGACAUUAGGAAGCCGCAUGAGUCUGUCCCUGUGGAUCUUAGACUUGCGUGGGAUCCCAGGAAAUUAAGAGGGAAUGGAAGUGCUUCUGGAGGCUCUUCUGCUGGUGGAGCAAAGUUUGACUUACAUCAUGUAAACACUGGGGCAAAUCGCAAACUCAAGAGAAGGGACGACGAUGAUGAAGAAGGUACAGAAAGAGAACUGAGAGAAAAAGCAUUCUUAAUACCUUUGGAUUCUUUACCUGGAGCAGUACUCCAGGAUCCAAGGUCACAGUUAAGACAGUUCAGUCACAUUAAAAUGGAUAUUAUCCUCUCCAAACCCAACUUCGCAAAACACAUCGUGUGGGCUCCAGAAGACUUACUUCCGGUCCCUUUACCUAAACCCGACCCGGUAUCUUCAAUCAAUUUACCUCUGCCUCCACUUAUAGCUGACCAGAGGCUCAGUAGGUUAUGGAAUACAAAAAGUGACCAUCAAAGUGCCCUGUCCCUUGAUCCAAAAUCAGCAGCCAAAGCCAAAAUUAAUGUAACACAGAGAGAGGGCUACUUAGAACAAUGUGGAGACUUACAUAGUUCAGGAAGUAAAUUAGGAGACCCUAGGCUGCAAAAGAAUUUUGAUCCUAGGCUUCACAGACUGCCCAAUGCAGAGUCACAUCAAGUGACUAUAAAGGACUCACAUGUAUCAAAGAAUGCCCCAAACUUAGCCAGAUCAAACCCUGCUUUGUCACAACCCUCAACAGCAUUAUCUACCAAUGCUGGCCCUGUGGCUCUUCCUCCAUAUGCCCCCAAACUCUCUUCUUCAGCUGGCCUUCCACUGGGAACUUCAAGUUCAGUUCUUAGUGGCAUUAGUUUGUAUGAUCCUAGGGAGAAGCAUUCAAUGUCUUCAUUAGAGCUAGCAAGCAAUUCUUCAGAAGAAAAUGCCGAGAACCAGGAAAAAAGUGGUUUAAAAAAUAGUGAUAAAAAUGAGCCUUCCCCUGGAGAAGUGAUGCUACAGAACACUCCUGUGGACAUGGAAGUCCCUGUUGAGGGGCCAGUCGACAUGCAGGCAGAUCCUCUGAGGAGUGAUGAUACCGUCCAGGUCCCCGCCGUGCACAGUCUUCCUAUUCAGGCCUUAACAGGUCUAGUGAGACCUCCAUACAGUGAUCCAAGGCAGGCAAGAGAGCCAGGACAGGCAAGCCCAAGCCCAGAUGAGGAUCCAAGUAGAGAAACAGAUGACAAAUCUCUGAAAGAGGUUUUUAAGACAUUUGAUCCAACCGCAUCACCAUUUUGUUAGCUGUUGUGUAAUUAUGCUGUUCUCACGCUGUCACAGUUCUCUGCAGUUUUGUAACUGGUUUACUUCGAUAGUUUAUUUAUUUUUUAAAUUAUAAACAUUUUUCAGCUGCUAGUAUCAGAACCACAUGAACUUAUAUCCUCUAAAGUCUGUGGUGUUUUAUAUAAUAUUUUUAUAACUUCAAGAGAUAGUAUAGAAAUACAUAUCAUGUUAGCAUUAGUGAAAGUACUUUUAUUGUAAGUGAACCAUCAUGAACUCAACACUCAACCCAAGUAUAUGCCAGUUGUAUUUCGUAAUCAUUGUUUAGGUUAACAAUUACCACUUUUAUAUGGUUGUUUAGUUUCAAGCAAUAUGAUAUACAUUAAUUUUGAGAAUCAGUAUUUUAAUUAGGAUCCUCUGUCAGCACAAAACUGAUUAGUGUGUAGCGCCAACUGCUAAGUAAAAUGCAAGGUGAAAACAUUGAAAACCAUAAUUAGCUUAGCUCAUGUUUAAGGCAUCACUUUAUUAGCACUGGCAACACUGUUUGUGUACAUGAAGCACUUGAAUGGUGUAUCUUUUAAAGUAUUUUAUUGUACAUUGUAUCAUAGAAGCUGAAGGAAUAUAAAUAAAAUGUUUUGCUACAGUAAAAAAUUUCCAAGUUCUCUAACAGAACUUUAAUAUUUUAAUUUUUCAUAUUAAAUAGUUAUGAGUUUAUUGCUGUCACAUUGUGAUAAUUAUGUAUUUCAGUGUUUUGUCUUUAGCAGCAUAAUUUUUAUGUCUUUCAAAUGAUGUAACUGCAAUAAUUGUGCUCAUCUUGACUGUGGCAAUUUUUAACAGAAUUUUCCAAAUGAGACUAGUAGAUAUGAAGCUGAUAAUGUUUUUAAUGUCUAGAUUCUGUAUUUUUUCUUGCAUAGCAAAAACUCCCACUGAGAUGGCAGGUAUAUUCCACUGUAUAUGGUACCAAUAAACAGUCUUUAGAUCUCACAUGACUGGUUCUACGACAGAGA